AUUUACCAAAAUAUGAGUUAUUAGAUUUCUAUUUUGGUUUUAUAUUUGCAGAUAUUGUAUAGCUUAUGGAAAAAGUGCGACAUUUGGAAAUACCGCUCGAAAAUAUAAUCCUAGCUACAAAAAACUUUGAUAAAGAAAAUUUCAUUGCCAAAGGUGGAUUUGGGAGUGUUUAUAAGGGAAAUCUCCAAUCGUCUAAUGGUGUCAUUGAUGUCGCUGUGAAGCGAUUAGAUCCUGAUUCAACACAAGGGAAACAUGAAUUCAUGAUGGAAAUUACAACUCUUUCUAGUUAUAGACACAAAAAUCUUGUCAGUCUGGUUGGUUUCUGUUACGUAGACAAGGAAAAAAUACUUGUUUAUGAACAUGAGAGUAGGGGAAGCCUUGACAGAUAUAUACAAAACCCAGUCGACCUUACCUGGAUCAAGCGUUUGAAAAUAAGCAUUGGCGCCGCUUGUGGCUUAAAUUAUCUUCAUGAUGAAGUUGGACAACAACAUAGAAUUAUCCAUCGAGACAUUAAGAGUGCAAACAUUCUGCUCAGCAAGGAUUGGGAAGCAAAGGUUGCUGAUUUUGGAUUAUCUAAAAUAGCUCCCGCAAAUAUACAACACACUUUUCUUGUAACCGCUGCUGUUGGCACAUACGGCUAUCUAGAUCCGGCGUAUUAUUAUACUGGAGUUCUAACAAAGGAAUCAGACGUUUACUCGUUUGGGGUUGUACUAUUUGAGAUCUUGUGUGGACAACUCGCGUUUUUAGAAGGAUCUGGUUUUCUAGGUCCAUUGGCUGAACGUAAGUAUAAGGAGAACAAAAUGGAUGAUAUCAUUAUUCCUAAUUUGAGGGAACAAAUGAAGCCACAUUCUCUCAACACAUUCGCUGCCAUUGCAUAUCAAUGCUUGAAGCCCGAUCGAAGUGAACGUCCAACAAUGGCUCGAGUCAUUGAAAAACUCGAGAACGCAUAUGAAAUUCAAGCUUCUCUCAAAGCACCAGAAUUUGCUCAAGUUGGAAUAUGGGGAACAAAAUCUAGUGGAGGUCCCCAAAAUAUUUGGGAGUUCAUACUUAAAAAAGAUCAUAAACUGACGAUGAUAACUAUUGAUCAUGGUGAUCUAAUUUACUCUCUCAUGUUCACUACUGAAUCAAAGGGUGUUUUGUACACUUCCAAAAAGGCUGGUGGUUGGAAUGGUGGAGAAACAGUUUCUGAGGUUAUGUUUGAAGAUGAUGAGGAAAUAAUUGGCAUCGAUGGAACAGUUGGGGUAUCAAGAGGGGCAUAUGCUGGCUACACAAUAAUUUCAUCACUAUCAUUUCUUUCGAACAAGAAGAUUCAUGGACCUUUUGGUCGAGUAACAAAUAAUCCUUUCUCUGUUCCAUUGGACAAAGGAAACUUUGGUGGACUUUAUGGCCUUGCAGGCUACUAUAUUGAUGGAAUCGGUGUCUAUAUGAAGGCUUCAUCUGAUGAAAUCACACAGGUUGGAGUUUGGGGAGAAAAAUCUCUUGGAAAUCCUGAAAACCAGUGGUCUUUCCAACUUGAGAGAAAUCAUCAUCUGAAGAAGAUAAUCAUAGAUCAUGGGGAUCUCAUAUACUCCCUCAUGUUCACUACCGAAUUUAGGGGCGAAGAGAAAACUUCUAACAAGGCUGGUGGUUGGAACGGUGGAGACAUAGUCUCUGAGGUUACAUUUACGUGGGACGAGGAAAUUAUUGCUAUCAAUGGAACAGUUGGUGUCUCGGGGGGAACCAUUGCUGGUUAUACAAUAAUAUCGUCACUCACAUUCGUCACCAACAAAAACACCCAUGGACCUUAUGGUAGUGUAACUGGGACCCCUUUCGCUGUACCAUGGGACAAAGGUUCAUUUGCUGGAUUUUUUGGCCGUUGUGGCUAUUAUAUUGAUGCCAUUGGUAUAUAUUUGAAAGCUACUAUAUAAGUAACUAGGUCAUGCUAAGGGUAAGGAAUAAAAAACCUUUUGUUGCUAUGACGCAUUGGGAUCCUUUCACACCCUUUUUUGCUAUGAAUCAUUGGCAUGCUUUCACAUUUUCCUUGUCAUGUAGAAAACUAGGUAGCUUUUUGUUACAAGUCUCUAUAUACGGAUGAAAUUAGGGUAUUACAAAAUAUUCCAAUCUAAACAUCCAAUUUGAAAAUCCGAAGAUCAGAGAUUAUCGGAAUAUUCAAAUAUCCGGUUUUUUCGGAUUGUAUUUGGAUAGUGAAUUGUAAAAAUUAUAGAUAUUUCGUUAUCGGGA